GAAGUGAUGCCACAUACAAAGUGAAGCAAGCACCUAACCUUCCAAAAAGGUUCAGUCUUUUUCAUUUACCAAAUAUUUAGUAAUUUUUCAUAAAAUCAUUUUUUAUUGUAUAAAAAUAAAAAAAAAUAAAAAAAACUAUUUAAUAAUAAAUUGUAAUUUUUCAUAAAAUCAGUGGUAUUAAUAUUUGGUGGGUAAUUUAGGGCUUGGUUUGGUAGAAGCCAAAAAUGAACCAACCCCUAACCCAACCGAACCCAGAAGGCAGCGACCAGUCACAGCAGCCACCACCUCCUCUUCACACAGAAGUAGAAGAUGAUGAUGAGAAUGUAAAACAACUCAAAGAUUGCUCUGUUAUCUACCUAUCCUUACAGGAUUGCCUUGUUAAGACUGACAGGAAUUGGAAAUCUUGUCAAGUGGAAGUCCAGGCCUUGAAGGCAUGCAAUGAGAGGAGGAAUAAUGGCAGGGGAAAGUGAGAUCAUAGCAAAGAUGAGCUUCAAUUAGGAUUUCUAAUAUGUAUGAAUUUUUUUUAUUUUUUAUGAACUAAUAUGUAUGAUUUUUGGGAUUAUUUGACUGAAUCUUUAAAUGAAAUGGUGACCAUUUCUUGGUUGUUUUGCAUACAAUUUCUUGUAACCAAAACCCACAAGUUAUGUUUCUCUUCUCUCCACAA